GUGACGCGUCGCAAUUUCUGGCGUGGCGUUCGUGGAGUACCCGGAGCGAAGAGGUACGCCACUGUCCACGCUAUCACGAUUUAACAGAGUGAACAGCACACGAGACGUCGGUGCGCGAGAGGGAGAAGCGGCGAAGGAAAGGUAAAGGAAAGGAAAGGAAAGGAAGGCGCGCAAGGUAAAGGCACAUCUGAAUCCUUCGGUUGACUCGGCUCAGUCUGAUCCGAGCCAAGCCACUGCCCUGAUCCGGCGUUCCUCGCUCGUUCUGCGGCUGGAUCCUUCUCUCCUUCUUCUUCUGUCUCCUCUUGCCUCUCUAAUCCGCCGGUGUCAUCGAUCGCCGAUCCGACUUCCUUCCUCCGGCGUUGGCUUCUCCCUGCGCGCGGUCAGUUCAAGUCGCUUCCGUUCCUCUCGAGUUCCGCCAGACGAAAAUUCACCACCUGACAUGUCACAGUGCACGCAGCGGCACCGCGUCGACCGGUUCACCCGCGUACAGUGAGACCGAACGAGAUAUUUACGCGAUCAUCGCCUACCGUUUCGACAGUUUUCUGUUCCGUGACAUUGGUGUGCGCCGGUUCGUGGAAACCAACGAUUUACCUGGAUCCGAACGGACACCGGAAACGUGAUGAUCCUCACGGAGGGACGGGGAACAUCGAUCAACGCAACGACACCCGGUCGUAGAUCUGCCAUCUGAGUUUCGCGGUCAAGGAUGACCGAAACCGACGAGCGGAUGAACGAAUAAAGCCAGGAAGGAAUCACAAGGGAAAUAAGGGCUGUCGAAGGAAGAGAUGGUGGUAGAGUGGCUCUGUCCUGGACUUAGGCCGACCGGAAGCCGUAGGCCACGUCUUCUCCACUGCAAGGUGAUACUCCUCGACGAACACGAACUCUUGCAGGAUGUCUUGAGCUCGAACCUUGGCCAGGAACUCUUGGACAGGGUCUUCAGGCACCUGAAUUUAUUGGAGACCGCUUACUUUGGGCUUCGUUACCUCGAUCACGGCAAUCAGACGCAAUGGCUGGAUCCGAGCAAGAAGAUCGGCAAACAGCUGAAGGUUCAGAAAGGUGAUCCAACGUCGGACGUCCACACCCUCUAUUUCGGCGUGAAAUUCUACGCGGCAGACCCCUGCAAACUGAUAGAAGAGAUCACGAGGUACCAGUUCUUCCUGCAAGUCAAACAGGACAUUCUUCAAGGAAGACUGCCGGUGUCGUUCGAUUUGGCCGCGGAACUCGGCGCCUAUGUUGUUCAAUCGGAACUCGGAGAUUAUGAUCCAAGAAGACACUCUGUGGGCUACGUAACCGAGUUCCGAUUUCUAGCGAAUCAAACCACGGAAUUGGAGAACCGCAUAGUGGAACUUCAUAAAACUCUCGUAGGACAAUUACCCUCCGCCGCGGAGUUGAAUUAUCUGGAUAAGGUGAAAUGGCUCGAAAUGUAUGGCGUCGACUUGCACCCUGUCUUGGGCGAGGACAGUGUGGAAUACUUUCUGGGUCUGACGCCGAGCGGGAUCAUUUUGUUACGCAACAAGACCAAAGUGGGAAAUUAUUAUUGGCCUCGAAUCAAUAAAAUCUAUUAUAAGGGUAGAUACUUCAUGCUGAGAGUGAGCGAGAAGAAUUCCGAGGAGAGGACUCACGGUUUCGAGACGCCAUCGAAAGGAGCCUGUCGGCACCUCUGGAAAUGUUGUCUGGAACACCAAGCGUUCUUCCGUUUGAUGGCCACAGGACCUCCGCCCUUGAGUCCCUAUUCCCGUUUCCGUUCGUAUAGUCCUCCGUCCGGGUCGGAGAAGCACACGGUGAUCAGACGGAAUCCUCCUCCAGUUUUUCAAAGGACUCCAAGUCGCAGAGCGCAACGACGCGUGGUGGAGGGCCAAGAAAUGGUUGGCCCGUUCGUGGAAACACCCGCCAGCGUGAACCCCAACCCGUGCAAUAACCCGGUCGGCGGAAACGUUUUGUGCAAUAGUCAGAGCACCAGACAGGUGAACAACUCGAGCCCGAGGAGCACCAGGAGCGCUCCGUGGACUCAGAGCCAACCUCGAGGCCUUUAUACUUCGUCUAGUCCUCGGUCCGUCCGGUCUGCGGGAACGGCACCGGCACUCUUGAGCAGACUCCAACGAAGGAGCAGCUCCGUGGAGAGCCAAAGUUCAGGGGACAGUCACAGUCGCGGUGGCCAUCGAAGAAGAAGUCAUAGUCAUAGUCAUCGGAGACAUAGUCGUCACUCCGACUGCGAGUCCGAGCUUUCGAGGGGUUCGGACACCAGGUCCGGCCAUCGUAAGCAUCGCAGAAAGCACAGAAGUUCACGAUCGUCGAGACACGAAUUGGUGGACUCGGAACCGCAAUGGAGGGAAGCGCAGAAGCGGAAGGGCGAAGGUGUUCAACGAGCCGUCGUGAGCCAUACGGAGCCCAGGAGGAGGCACAGGAGUAGACACAGGAGCCCUUCUCAGAAACAACUGCCAGACGAGCUUAGAAAACAUUUAGAAUUCGGGCUGAUCGACACCACCGGCAUGAGCGAACAACAGCGUCGAGAGAUACCAUACACCGUGGUUCAAUCGCAGUCAGCCGCUCAACAAUGUGCGCUACAAUCUAGCAAUUCCCGUUUGGACGACGCAGACUCGUCGUCCCUACCUAGAACAAUCGGAUCCGUUGGCAAACGAAACAGAAGAGUGAUACAACAUUGUCGAGACGGAAGUUAUAAUUUGCCGCCGACGAGGCCGAGUUAUAUCGAGACAAAGUACUACGACGGUAGUAGGAGCGAGUGCAAUAUGAGGAAGGACUUUUAUUAUACUCGUAACAACAGAAUAUUGAUAGGAAAUAAUGUGGACAGUGGGCUCGGGGAAAGUACACCACAGGAAUUUUCAAGUUGCUGCUCAAGCUCUGCCGACAGCGCUAAACCUACCCGUGUACCGCAAAUGCAAUUAGGGGGAGAGGUACGCUAUGAAUUGUCUUCAAAUCAAGAAAUCUACCCUCCUGUUGAUACUACUCUGGAUGCUGUUCUUCAGCCCAUUAUAUCAACUUUAACAAGGAGACAACGGAACCGCCCGAAAUGAGCAUGAAGCUUUAAAUAAAUAAAAAAUAGACAUUUAUGCACAU